AUGACCGACUAUGCCGCCCAGAUUGCGGAGCUGACGGACCAAGAGGCCAGGCUGCGCUUGCCGACUUUCGACUUUGACGCAGCCUUCGGUAUCGGUAGCGCCAUCCGCUCCGCCUUCCUGCAAGCACACGAGACGGGAUGCGCCUCGGGCGUCGAGGGCAUCGUCAUCAGCAUCCAGCUGUUUAGCGGCCACACGCUCUUCUCUGCCGCCGUGGGCCACGCUCCGUCCAUUGGCCCAGACAACUGGGGCUGGAUCCAGCGAAAGGUCAACACCGUCCGACGCUUUGGCAAGAGCAGCUUCCUCGUCGGUCGCACCCUGCUCGCCAAGGGCCGCGACCUCGACUACCUCGGCCCGGAAUACGCUGCUCAUGGCGGCGCCUUCCCCAUCCACAUCCGGGGAAAUACCACCGGUGCCAUUGGCGCGAUUGCCGUCUCGGGCCUGUCUCAGGAAGAGGACCACCGCCUCGUCGUCGAUGCCAUCGCUGCUGCCAUCCAGGCCAUGUCACUCCGGCAGGGCGGCGAGCCAAAAGCGUAG